CUCUCUCUCAAGAAAACUUUCAUGCCCUUUCCCGUUUUAAGGAACUGAAAUCCCCAUCCCUUCGCUUCGGCUCUACUUUCUCUCUCUAAAAAACCAUAUCUCCGCUCCUCUCUCCUCAGUUUCUCUCUCUCUACUAAAAAAAAACACCUUAAAUCCCGAUGGCUGCUGCUGAUUCUCUCUCUAAAACGGAGGCUCUCGACGCGCCUCUCCACGCCAUAGGUUUCGAGAUCGACGAGGUCACGCCCCAAAAGCUCACCGGCCGCCUCAAGGUUACCCAAAAAUGCUGCCAGCCGUUCAAGGUCUUACAUGGAGGGAUAUCGGCGCUCAUCGCCGAGGCCUUGGCGAGCAUCGGCACCCACCUAGCCUCAGGUUUCAGGCGAAUAGCAGGGAUCCAGCUGAGCACCAAUCAUAUCAAGACAGCUGGUCUCGGUGAUGAAGUCGUGGCGGAAGCUAAGCCAGUCAGCGUGGGCAAAAGCGUCCAGGUAUGGGAAGUGAAGCUAUGGAGACUGGAUCCUUCAUCCUCAGGUGGGAAAGUCCUGAUAUCCUUAUCAAGAGUAACUCUAUUAUGCAACUUGCCAGUGCCAGAUAAUGCAUCAGAUGCUGGAGAUGCUCUCAAGAAAUAUGCCAAGCUCUGAAUAUUUUUUCUUCUCUUCUUUGAAAAUAAUUAAGCUUUGAACAUUUGGACCCGAAAUGAAUGAUACAAAUGCUUCAUGUUAAACCCUAUCCAUGGAGCUGCUGCAAUGUAUAAUGAAGGAUGAAAUUGAGUUUUGGAUAGUCACAUUCCAACUAGAUCAAAUGCUUCAAUAAGUCUUUCAAAAGACAGUAUUACAUGCACCAAUGGUGUAUGUUAUAUGUAAUGCGGUUACCCCCUCAUCCGCUCCUGAUGACAGCAGUGGAGAUUGAGUGUAGCUCGGCGUCCGCGACUGCCUGAUCAUCAGAACCGCAGCCAAUCGAUCACUAUAUGUUAUUUGGGAAUGGAUGGUGGAUGAUCCCAUGA